UUUUUAAAGAAGCUCACGGAUCCCUGAUUCCACUGUGGCGAAGUCAAGCUUUCUAGGGAAGUAUUUUUGAAUGAUUUUCUUUCUUUCUGUAGAGACCCACCCCAAUGCCAUUUCUCUCCUGUUCUAUUGGUUUUCAUAUCAACUUUCGUUGUCCAGAAGACAAAGGCACAAUCCUGGUUAUAUUAUCAACCCAUCCUGGUUAUAUUAUUAUCAACCCAUCCUGGUCAUAUUAUCAACCCAUCCUAGUUAUAUUAUCAACCCAUCCGUGUCAUAUUAUUAUCAACCCAUCCUAGUUAUAUUAUCAACCCAUCCUGGUCAUUAUUAUCAACCCAUCCUGGUCAUAUUAUCAACCCAUCCUGGUCAUAUUAACAACCCAUCCUGGUCAUAUUAUCAACCCAUCCUGGUCAUAUUAUUAACAACCCAUCCUGGUCAUAUUAUUAACAACCCAUCCUGGUCAUAUUAUCAACCCAUCCUGGUCAUAUUAUUAACAACCCAUCCUGGUCAUAUUAUCAACCCAUCCUGGUCAUAUUAUUAACAACCCAUCCUGGUCAUAUUAACAACCCAUCCUGGUAAUAUUAUCAACCCAUCCUGGUCAUAUUAACAACCCAUCCUGGUCAUAUUAUUAUCAACCCAUCCUGGUCAUAUUAUCAACCCAUCCUGGUCAUAUUAUUAUCAACCCAUCCUAGUUAUAUUAUUAACAACCCAUCCUGGUCAUAUUAUCAACCCAUCCUGGUCAUAUUAUCAACCCAUCCUGGUCAUAUUAUAAUCAACCCAUCCUGGUCAUAUUAUUAACAACCCAUCCUGGUCAUAUUAUCAACCCAUCCUGGUCAUAUUAUCAACCCAUCCUGGUCCUAUUAACAACCCAUCCUGGUCCUAUUAACAACCCAUCCUGGUCAUAUUAUCAACCCAUCCUGGUCAUAUUAUCAACCCAUCCUGGUCAUAUUAUAAUCAACCCAUCCUGGUCAUAUUAUUAACAACCCAUCCUGGUCAUAUUAUCAACCCAUCCUGGUCAUAUUAACAACCCAUUAUCAACCCAUCCUGGUCAUAUUAUUAUCAACCCAUCCUGGUCGUAUUGGGAGUACUGGAGUUGGGCUUUUGGUGGUAAUGGAGGACUGGAAUUGGACUGUGCAUUCAUAUCUCUCUCUCUUUCUUUCUCUCAUGAUCCCUCUUACAAUCCCUCUCUCUCUCCCCAGGCCACACCGUCCAAACUGGAGCAGAGGCCUUCAUCUUGGUCUCGUAGAAGCAUGCCUUCCCCAGAUUUGACAGAAGAAAGCUUCCGUGCAUCUAAGAAGAGGUCUUCAGCCCAGAAGACCAAGAGUUCAGGAAGCAGGAGAGAUGGACCAUCAGAGGCCAGCAGUGCCUACAGAGAGGUGCUGGACAUGCAGAAGGAGAUGGUUCGGUCUUUAACAGAGCAGAACCAGGCCCUGGGGGCAGACAGGAGGGUGCUGGAGCAGAGGUGUACAGAACAGAGCCUGCAGCUGCAGAGGAGCCACCAGAGGGUCCAGAGUUUGGAGCGGGAACUCAGCAAGGCCCUGGCCCUACAGCAGGUGAACAGGCAGAGCUGCUGAGUCUGAGGCAGCAAGCCCAGGAGGUGGUAGACGAGAACGACAGUCUGAAGAUGACCGUCCAUCGCCUCAACGUGGAGCUCAGCCGCUACCAGACACGCUUCAGACCCCUGGGCAAAGAAGAGAGCUCCAGGACCCAUGGCCUGCCACUUAAAGGAUCUGCUCCUCCCUGGCUGGUCAGUCACUCAGACAUUCUCAUGGAUUCCUCCUCUA